GCCCGGAGCCCGCCCCGGGCCCCCCGCUUCUGCACCCCGGAGCCCCCCGGAGCCCCGGCCCCCGCGCCCCACAGCCUCGCAGCAGCUGAUGGCGCCGCAGCCGGGCCGCGCUCUGCAGAUCCCUGAGCGCAGCUAGCGCGGGGGAAGAUCUUUCCCGAGACCCAGCGAGGCCCGGGCCCGGCCCGCCGGCUCCCUCGGGUCCGCAGGUGGGGCCCAGGCCUGGGUUGCCAUGGAUACCGUGUCCCUGGAGCAUCAGAUCCAGAGCGUGCAACGCCACAUCAGCUUCCUGAAAAAGGAGCAGAUGGCCCUGCUUCGAGACCUGCACCUGGAGAUCCUGAGGCUGCAGAAACGCUGCUCAGAACUGACCCAUGACCUGGAGAUGAGAGAGGUCCAGUCUCACCAGCAAGAAGAGGCGUCCCGGGAGCUGGAGAAGAAGUGCCGCGCGCUAGAGUCGCAACUGGAGGCGCGAGCGGCGGCCAACGCGGAGCUGCGGCAGGAGGUGGCGCAGCGGGAGGCGCUGGUGUCUGCGCUGCGCUGCAGCCUGCGCUCGGAGGAGCGCCGCUUUCUGGAGGAGCUGCGGCGCCGCAGCCACCGCGCCACCGUGCUGGGCACCGAGCUGCAGAAGCACACCGAGGCGGCCGCCUACCUCUCCUGCCAGCUGCACGCCGCGCGCCAGAGACUGCAGGCCCCGCGCUCCGGCGCCGCUGCCGCCGAGCCCCGGCCCCGCCGACGCGCACAACGGGCCCGCCGACCUCCUGAGGCGGCCGCCAAGGGGUCGGGCCGGGACUGGGCGACCUGGGACGACGCCGAUCCCAUGCCGGACCCCGCGCUCUUCCUAUACCCGAGGAGGCCGCCCCGGCCCAGUGCCCGCGGCCCGCGCCCUUUGCUACGCCAGGAGCUGCGAGACCAAGACGCCCCGCACCCCGUGUCACACCAGGAGCUCCCUGACCAAUGCGGCCCGCACCCGGGGCCCUUGGAGAGCCCUGACGCCACGCCCAGCGCCCGAGGGGAUCCUGAGUAGGCGCGGGGCAAGCAGUGGAGACCGGGAAGGCAGGCCCUGCAGGGCGGGAUCAGGGAUGGGGCGGAGUCCAGUCCGCAGAUCCGCCCCAGCUCCGCCACCCACUAGAGCUGCCCCCGCCUGUGUGUUUCCCCCGAGAUGAGCUGCCCCCUUCGGAGAGGGAGCGCCAAAGGAUCGCACCUUUUUUUGUGGUGGACUGGCAGUAAUAACCCUAAUCUGGGUUCCACCCAGCCCCUGGGAUGGGGAGAGGCGGGGUCUUGUCUGUCCCGGGAGAGCUGACAAUCCCUUGAAGGGCGGGAGAAGGCUGGGUCUGCCUACAGGAAGGAACACGGUGGCACUUGGCACUGCUAAGCCUGCAAGCUCCCCUUUCCUGCUUUCUCUCCUCCACUCCCAGCCCUGCCCAGCCUUUUGCUUGGGAGAGGCAAGUUUUAGGAGCUAACUCUUGUACUCGGAAGUAGCUACUCCCCGCCCCGCCCACCCCACUGAUAAGUCCUUGAAGGUGAGCACGGAACACUUUAUAAUCUAUUUUAGAAGUCCUCUCAGAGCCGCUGGGUUCCUGGUGGCAAUUGACUUGCAGAAAACAGUAAGCAUAGACCCUUGGAGCGGGUCAUGGAAGAGGAACUGCUUGGUUUUUCCCAUGCAGGGGUGCAGGAGAUAGACAAGCUGGGGCUCAAAUUUUGGCGAGGACGGAAGGGUCAUUCGCCCUUCCCGUUCCUGCGGCCGGCCGCCUCAGAGGCCUCCCAGUCCUGUUAUAGGUGCUAAUCUUGCCCAGCUUCCCAAGCAGCUGGCUGCAUCCAGAGGCAGGAAGGAGGGCCUGGCUUUUUGGAAGUGGCCGCUAGUCAUAGAAAUUCGAUUUUGCUGGGGAAGAAAGUGGAGACUAGUCGUCGGUGGUGCCUGCCCCUGGAAAGGCCCCUAAACCUGCAAAACCUGCUGGUGGUGGGGUGGUCCUAUGCUCUCUCUCCCUCUCAGUUGGGAGUGGCAAGUGGAGAGCAGAAUGUUGGCACUGUCUCCUUGCUGGUUCAGCUCAUCCUAGGCCCCGCCCCAGAGCCCCACUCAUCUCUCUUGGUCUGACCUGCAUGGGGUCCUAAGUGCCUGUGAGAUCUUCCCUGGGGCUGCUGGGCAGGAAUGCCACUGUUCACUCAGACCCUGGGCCCCUAGCAGGCCCUGGCUAAGGCACCACCUUGUGUCUGCCUCCCAAGGUCUUGAGGUGGUGAGCACAGUCAGUCUCAGUAGCUGACAGACUUCUCCGGUCAUGGCCGCCAGGAAGACAAAGAACUCUUGGCUCAUGCCCUCCACUCCGUAAGAGGAAGCAGGAGUUUGUCCUGAAGCAGAAGGCAGUGAGCACAUGCCAACCUGAUCCUGAGCACAGACCCCUCCCCGCUUCCCCCUCCCUGAAGGACAGCUGAGGCCACUGAGCUGAGCUGCCUAGCUCCUGGGGGUUGGAUGGCGGAAGUAGAAUCCUGGGGUCCCUACUAGGGCCCCACCUGCUGCCUUCACUCCAGUGGCAAUACCUGUACCGCUUGCCCCCUCCUGGUUUUGUGUGACUCUGCCCUCUCCUGCCACCCUCCCCACCUGGAACCUGCCUGUGUGAGGGACUCACUCUGUUCCCUUGGAGGUGCCCAGAGGGCAGUGGGAGGGGAAAGGCCGCUUUCUCUGGGUGCCUACACAGACCUGCAUCUCCUCCAACCAUACUUUUGGGGUGAACAGGGUGACUUUGCUGAUUUUUCUAGAAGAGCCCUUUCUCAUCCAUCCAUCCACUAAAAGCCAUAGCUGCCCCGACUAGCUUCCCUUGAAACUAUAGCAAUAGCAUUCUUCCUUUUCCCUUCUGGGCACCCAGGAGGUUCAGCUGGUUCCAUCACGCCCCAUCCCCAGGGAUCCGACAGUAACCUGCCUGUCUUUCCUCAAGUGACCCUGUCAACUAACGCCUUCCAAAUCCUGCUCCUCUUCCAACAGCCAGAGAUAAUGAUACUUGUUCAUGGGGUGCUUGAAGAUCUCCCAGAUGAAAGGGUCUGAGGGCCUCUGACUCCCUGUCAUGACCUUGGGGUGGGGGAAGGUAAUAAUGCAACUCUUCCAGCAGCAGCGAGGGAGUGAUAAGGAGGCCUAGGCAGAUACAGGAUUGCAGUGUUAACAGAAUAGCCCUUCCCCCUUCCUCUUCUGGAAAUAAUGGAAGGUUCCCUUCAGCGGUUUAUAGGCAAGGACUCCCUCAGCUUUCUGGUCUGGGACAGGCCUUCCCCUUAGCUUCCACCCCUUCCUUCCUGGACCUGACUCUAGGAAUCCACCUGGUCAAAGGAAAAUUACCAGCCACGACCCAGGAAUGACCCAGUAGCCAAGAAGGGGAAGACCAGUCCAUCUCUCUGCUUUGCUGUACACGUCCCCAUUGGGAGACCGAGAUGGUUCAUGUGGACACCCAUAGGGGAGAGGGCUCCUGCACAAUGUAAGUACAGACAGACCCAGAAGGAAGAGCUCCAUGGGAGUCCAGCGAUCUAGAAGCCGUCCAGGAAUGAGUGAGCAAUGCAGUGUGAGCCUCUAUACCCCUUGUCCCUGUGUCUUUGCCAAGGCAACCUGUUCUUUUGGGGGAACCAGCCAAGAUGAGGCAGCUCAUUCCUAUACGAGCAGCAGGAUAGAGUUGUCCUGGAUGAAGAUGGAAAGGUGGUCUGGAGCAUCUCCAGAGCAUAGGCCAGGGGUCUCCUAAGCACCCUUUCACAGUGAUGUGCCAGCCUCGAAUGGGAGACAUGCAGGGCAGACAGAUCCUGCUCCAAAUUCUCUGUUGGCUGCGCUUUUUAAUCCAAUGCUUUUCAGAGUGUAUUCACUCACCUACAGAAUAGAGCCCUGUGCUUUAGGGGUGACUAUCAUAUGCCUUAUUCUUAAUAAAAUGUUUGGAAAAACA